UACCUCUCAUCCCUUCACUUUAGUCGGAGCUGCCCAACUCCAGUUCUCCAGGGCCAUACAGCUGCGUAACUGUCGUCAAUUGAGACCCCCCAAAAUCGUCAUCGCGUCCACUCAUACAACCAUACGACACGACACGACACGUCUCUUCAUCAUUCAUCAUUUUUUAUCUUUUUUAUCUACCUAAUCUAUUUAGCAUCAUUAUUUUUUAUUUGACAACCAAAAGUUAAAUUCUUAUUCGAUCGUUACUUGUCGAUUUUUACACUUUGCUGCUAAGUCGAUUCUUCUUAAUAAAAAGAUAGAAAAGAUAAAAAGCCCCCCAGGCCCAUCUGAUCUGAGAUGGCUAUGACUGAAACAUCCCCGCUUCCUAUUACUGCUACUACCUCUACUACUACUAAUACAGCUACUGCUACUGCUGCUGCUACUGAUCGUCAAGAACGCCCAGGACGCAGACGUCCCUUCUCGACAUGGGUCAAGAAGCUUGCCAAUUUUAAGAACGGUACUACAGAAGGUGGCCGCCACAGCCAUUCUAAACGCGAUGCCGUCCCCAAGGUUUCCAAGAAACGAUCUUCCAAAAACAAUAACCCUUAUCCUCAAUCCGGUCACAUCGGCAUAUCCGUCCCUGCUCAUCAGAGCGAUCCCUCUUUCUCUACUGCCCAAAGCGCCAGGGUUUCCGAUCCAUCCCUCGCUCGAAGAAGUCAUUCCUCAGCUGGCACAUCCAUAGAUGGCGCCGGUCCUCCCACCCGCGGUAAUAUGUCGGUAGCGCCUACGAUGUCCACCGAUCACGAAGCCACACAUUCUUUGCAUGCCUCUUCCAACAUGGAAUCUUCGGUGGCAGGGACUAGUCGAACAGCCGGUAACUUUGACUCGAGAAGAGGAGGAGACAGCACUUUCUCAUCCCCUGCGCCUUCGGUGCGAUCUUUAACCACCACCCUCACCACCAUUCAAUCCAUGGGUCCCAAUGGUGUGAUCAACGGCACGCAUCAGAACGGGCAUUCACCCAAUCCAGCCAAUUCCCAGACCAUCCAAUUCACUCAACCUUUCCCCACAAAUUCCCCCGCGUCCGCGAUCCCGCCGUACCUAGCUCCGCACUCGGUACCCGGUCACCCAACCACAUACAACAUGGCCACCGCCAACAACCUCCUUACGGACAACGCCUCCGUCUUGACCCUCGCUUCUUCCAGCAAACGACGGCGACGCCGAUCCAUGGACACCGACGCUUCCGUGCGCGCUCUUGCGCCAUCCUCUCUUUGGGGUGGCAGUCGCGAGAGUCUCCCUCUCAGCGUACUGAGCGCGAACAUCGAUGGCACAGGCCGGGACUUGCACCAAUCCACGUCACGCCUCAACGAGCGUACCAGCAUCUACUCCACAACCGGCAUUACGCCUACUACCACUCUAGCCGGCGAGCGCACUAGUUUAUACGCAGGCAAGCAGGGACUCGGUGGUGAUGCAGCUAGCGUGCGUAGUGGAUUGCUAGGUCAUGGCCGUGCUGAUAGCGUCAGCGGUGCCGGAAGCCCACUAGCAUCCCCACGCGAGGCUGCGGAGAAAGGCUACACGGUUGUAGAAUAGGAUGAGGGUAUAGCGUUCAUUAUGAAUAAAGGGUGGUAAAACUAUACUAGGCUAUCAAGCCCGAAAACACCUGAUCCAAACGAAGCAAAAAAAAAAAGAAAAAAAAAGAAAGGCGGUGCAUUGAAGGCCGGG